UGCAAAUCAAACCGAAAAUUUUAUAAGGGCGAAAAUCGAAAAUGACAUAUAUUACAGGGGUGAAAAGCACUAUUAACCCUUGUAUUUUCAAUAAAUUAUGCUAAUUCAACACGGUGUCUUCAAGAAUUGGAGAAAAUAACCGAAUGUUGCCGAACCUCGGAUUUGAUUGCUAUUCCAGUGUUCUAUGAUGGUGUCUUAUCCCUCAAACGGAGGUUUGAAGAGAGGUAUGUUUGGAGGGGCCUUUCAUGAUUUUGUGGAAAGAAUCAGUAAAGAUGAAGACAAGUUCAUGGGUUGGGUGGCAGAGAUCAGUAAAGCUUACAAAUAUUCGGGACCAAAAUAUUUAUUAGUCAAAGACUUGUACAGCGAAGAAAUUCAACACAUUAAGAAUGUAGUUGACCGUGUUAUUUGUGUGCUAAAUAAGAGGAUAAACUUAUCAUGUGCUUUCUAUACAGAGAGUCUAAAAUCUAGUUUGCAAGAUGUGAUUCAACAAUUGAAACAAUCAAAAUGUCCUCUCCUACUAGGGAUAUGGGGGAUGACAGGGAUUGGUAAAUCAGCCAUUGCCGAGGCCAUUUAUGAUCAGAUUAGUCCUUAUUUUGAAGACAAAUGUUUUCUAGAUAAUGUCAGGGUAGUUUGGGAAACAAAUAAUGGUCCAGUUUCUUUACAAGCGAAACUUCUUUUAGAUGUCGACAAAGCAACUAAAACAAAGAUUCCUACAAUUGAAUUGGGAAAAGAGAUUUUAAAAGAAAGAUUUCGACAUAAAAGGGUACUUCUUGUACUUGACGAUGUUAAUAAAUUGGAGCAGCUAAACGCUUUGUGCGGAAGUCGUGAAUGGUUUGGCACCGGUAGCAAAAUAAUCAUCACAACAAGAGAUAGACAUCUACUCAAGGAGCAUGGAGUGGACCAUAUAUAUAGGGUGAAAGAACUUGACAACACUGAGUCACUUGAGGUUUUGAACCGGGGUGCAUUCAGCCAGGCUACAAUUACUCCAGAAGAUUUUGUUGAACUUUGCAGAGAGGUAAUUUCAUAUUCUGGGGGAUUGCCUCUUGCUCUUCAAAAUCUUCGGACAAUUUUGCAUGGAAAAGAAGCACGUCAGUGGAUGGAUAUGUUGAGGAGUCUGGAAAGAUUGUCCAUUCCAUUUCCACAACUACUUGAAGCUCUAGAGAAGAGUUUUCAUGAUUUGAGUGAUGAAGAAAAACAUAUAUUCCUUGAUAUAGCAUGUUUCUUUAAAGGGAUGGACCAAAAUGUUGUACUCCAUGCAUUAAAUAGGCAAAUACAAUGCGCAAGUUUUCAAAUAAGUCUCCUUGAAGACAAGAGCCUUGUAGCCAUUGAUAAGAAUAACAAGCUUGAAAUACAUGUUCUGCUACAAGCCAUGGCAAGAGAUAUCAUUAAGAGGGAAUCAAGUAAUAUGUCUAAUCAGCCGAAGAUGUACGAUGUGAUCUUGAGUUUUAGAGGGGAUGACAGUCGUGCGAAAUUCAUUUCCCAUUUGUAUUCCUCUCUUCAAAAUGCGGGGAUUUAUGCUUUCAGAGAUGCUGAGAUUCAACGAGGAGAUCAUAUCUCAAUCUCUGUUGAAAGCAAUUGGAUGGUCUAGAAUUUCUAUAGUUGUUUUAUCGAUAAAUUAUGCUAAUUCAAGAUGGUGUAUGUUUGAGUUGGAGAAGAUCAUGGAAAUUGGAAGAACCGGUGGUAUGGUGGUUGUACCAGUCUUCUAUGA